AUGGCGGCUCAGGCGACAGGCCUGGACUCGAACUCGCUCGCUAUCAAUGACGUCGAACCUGUCAACGCUACUUUGCAAAGUCACCCAGUUUUCAAUGAGAACAACAAAGGUAUCAUCCCCGAGUCGUACGACCUUGGUGUGGGUGACGAGGACCCAACUACAGAAGAACUCCAUGGCCCAAACGCCUUGCGUCGUGUCUCAGCUCCGAUUCCCUGGGUGGUCUACACCGUCGCAUUUGUUGAACUGUGCGAGCGUUUCUCCUACUAUGGAACCCAGGUUCUCUACUCUAACUUUGUGAACCACGCGCUCCCCCUUCCUGCCCCGAAUGGUCCUCCCGGAUCAAACCAUGCAACUGGAGCUGGUGGCCCUAGCCCCCAGGGUGUCUCGGGUGCUUUGGGCAAGGGUGUCGAAACUGCCAGUGCCAUCAACACCUUCAAUACCUUCUGGUGCUACUGCCUUCCUCUAGUGAGUGCCUACAUCGCCGACGAGUACUGGGGCCGAUACAAGACCAUCUCCUGGUCUAUCGCGGCUGCCAUUCUAGGUCAUAUCAUUCUAGUUGUCUCUGCCAUUCCGCCCGUGAUCACAAACACUGAUGCUUCCUUCGCUGUGUUCGUCCUUGGUGUAAUCACCAUGGGUUUGGGCACUGGUGGCUUCAAGCCCAACAUAUCUGCCCUCGUCGCCGAGCAGAUACCUGCUGUCAAUCUCAAGGUCCGUACACUCGAAACAGGUGAGCGUGUCGUCAUCGACCCUACUAUCACCCAGAGCCGUAUCUACCACUACUUCUAUCUGUUUAUUAACGUGGGCGCAUUGACGGGUCAAAUUAGCAUGGCCUAUGCGGAGAAGUAUAUCGGCUUCUGGUUGGCCUUCUUGCUGCCGACGCUCAUGUUCUUGACUACUCCGUUCGUCAUGUGGUGGGGUCGCAAGCGCUAUCGCCAGUCUGCUCCGGCCGGCUCGGUGACUUACAAGGCCGUCAAGACAUUCUGGUUCUGUAUGCGCGGCCGCUGGCACUACAACCCAUACAUUCUCUGGAAGCGAACUCACGAUGGCACUCUUUGGGAUACCGCGAAGCCCUCUAACAUCGAACCCAGACUCCGGCCCAAGUGGAUGACCUUUGACGAUGCGUGGGUGGACGAAGUGCGCCGUGGAUUUGCCGCUUGUGCAGUUUUCUGCUAUUUCCCGGUCUACUGGCUGGCCUACAACCAAUUGACAAACAAUCUCACCGCACAGGCUGGCACGAUGACCUUGAAGGGCGUCCCAAACGACGUUGUGAACAACCUUGACCCCUUCGCGCUGCUCAUCUUCGUCCCACUCUGCGACAUGCUCCUAUACCCCGGUUUGCGCAGAAUUGGCAUUCAAUUCACGGCCAUCAAAAAAAUCACCCUUGGUUUCUGGCUGGCGUCGCUCUCCAUGAUAUGGGCUGCUGUCAUCCAGUACUACAUCUACAUGACUUCGCCCUGCGGCUACCGGGCUAACAAUUGUUACAAUGAUGAUGGCAGCGUCAACCCGUCUCCUCUCAUUGUCUGGGCUCAGACUGGUUCGUACGUCCUCGUCGCGAUAUCGGAGAUCUUUGCCGUCAUCACCUCAAUGGAGUAUGCCUACUCCAAGGCGCCUCGCAAUAUGCGUUCGUUCAUCCAGGCUAUCAAUAUGUUCACCAAUGCCAUCUCCGCUGCCAUUGCUGAGGCUUUGAUAACGCUUUCCAGGGACCCUCUGCUGAUCUGGAACUACGCAGUCUUCGCUAUCUUAACCUUUGUCGGUGGAACCUUAUUCAUUCUCCAGUUCUGGGGUCUGGAUAAGGAGGAGGAUGAGUUGAACAACUUGCCCGAGGGUCAUGUGGAGGCCAGCCAAACCCAGGCAGAGGUCGAACAUGUCGAGAUUGGCCCUGGUCGUGGUUGA